AGACGAGGAUGUAGCCAAUGUAUAGUGCGUAAGGCUUUAGUGAUCAGCAUGCAGCCUGGGGCCGGCCUCACGCUUGUGCUCUUAGUGUCACUGGAAACUGUGCUUCUGUCCACCGUCAGUGACUGCACCAAAUCCUUCCACGUGCACUGGAACACCACAAAUCCAAUAUUUAGGAUAGACAACACCGAUCACAUAAUAGAUGUGAAUAAAGGGAACAUACCUUUCGAGUACGACCAGGUGAACAUCAUCUGCCCAGUCUACAUGCCUGGAACUCACGAGGAAGACGCUGAAAAGUAUAUCAUAUACAAUGUGUCAAAAGAAGAAUAUGAUACAUGUCGGAUAACAAAUCCAAAUCCUCGUAUCAUAGCCAUCUGUGAUAAACCAUACAAAUUAAUGUACUUCACCAUAACAUUUCGGUCGUUUACUCCUCAACCUGGAGGUCUUGAGUUCCAGCCAGGACAGGACUACUACUUCAUCUCAACCUCAUCUAAGGAUGACUUGCACCGCCGCAUUGGUGGUCGCUGCUCAUCACACAACAUGAAAGUUGUGUUCAAGGUCUGCUGCCGUCCCCAGGACCACAGCAAUCAGACCAUCCCAAACAAGCAGGCCAGUACAACAGUAAGCUCAACCGCAGCUACAACUGCUGUGACAACUACUCCCAGCUCAACCACUUUGUCUGCUUCAACCUCACAGAAGCCCACAUCUUUCAAGGACUUAGAUGCAUCUACACACAAUACAAAGUCUACUCCAAAGAAGACAAAGGAUUACAAUGAUCAUGAGAAUGAAAUCUUGAAGAAUGAAGAGCUAACACUGAACAAUGCUGCAAAUAGUCACGGUGUGAUGAUUAUUGUGAGUGGACUGCUUCCAGUCGUGGUUCGUCUAGUUGGGCGGUGAGGAGGCCUCAACAUUCAACAGACUCCUUGUAAUAUAAGUGUACAUUAUUUAUAUGUGCCAUUUGUGGCUUUUGACUGAAUGAGGAAAGAACAAUUUCAAUCUGGCACUGCUGUGUCUCUCACUCUCUCUUUAUUCUUUGUCCCAUCCCCUAUUCCUGCUUCCUGUUCCCAGGCCUUUCAACAGACAUUCCAGAUCAAAGAACUGGCACCCAGCACAGAAUUUCCUUUUCCUGGAAUAAUGUAUGUACAGCCAUUAUAAUGAAUGAGAGAGUAAGUACUUGUUUUUUCCUUGUGUUAAAUAGCAUUCAUCUGUCUAUAUGUAUGUGGAUGUGAGUGAAGCUGGAAUCUUCAUUUAGAUUUGAAUGGUAUCUCAUAUGUUUUAAUAAGCUUGAGCAGACCAAUCAUACAAACUUGUGUGUGACAUUUAUAAUAUGUGGUAUAGUGAUUGUGUAACCACUAACAGGGAAGUGAGAAAAACUUUAAUAGUGUAAGUUUUAUUAGCCUUUGUUCCCAUAGCUGCAGCUUGCAGGAAGAAAUACAUUCACUUUGGUUCCAUUGUAGUAUUUAUAACAGUUUAAUUUUAUUUCUUGAACUGAACAGGUGUAACUGUGAAUGGAAAUCUCAUUGUUAGAUGCUUUUGCAGUUAUAGUUGGAACUGAUACUGUAGAAUCUGGAAGCAUAAAUUAUGAAGAAUGUAACUAACAUAUUCCUUAUUUAUGAGGUCACCAUUGCUUAGUGGUGUAAAAGAUGUUGUGUUUUAGAAAUGAACAUUUCUGUGUGAAAGUGCAGCUACUUGAAGAAGAAUGCAUGUUUAAUGAUGACAUUGAAUUUGUGCAGUUACAUGAAUGUGCACAUUCACUCAUGAGACAAGAUGCAUGUUGACUUUUUGAGAAGUAUGUUGUGAUAGUAACUAGUGAGUAGGUAUAUACUAUUAUAAAAUGCCAUUGUAAACAAAGUACUAUUUCUUAUAGUUGCCUUGUUACAGUGUAUGAAAUAUUUUCUAGUACACAAAUUAUAGAGGGAUGGUAUUCACAUAAAACCAUAGUAAAAUAUCUGUAAAUUACAAUUUGGCAGUCAAUUUUGGAAGCUUCUCACUUUAGUGAAUUGUUUGCUGUAUGUUGCUGCAUCCGCUGAUAUAUUACAAGUGGUGCUUAGUCAUAAACUGUCUUAGCUAUUGUUCACCAAAGCAUUUCUUUACAUUUACCUUGGUGCUCAGUCAUUUCAAGCAUAUGACCUGGGCACAGAAAUAAGGCUGUGAUAUUUAGAUACUGUGGUAGAAAAUGGUUUUCAAAUCAAAUUUUUCAUUGAAACAUUCCUAAGUGGGUCCGAUUGUGAGGUAAAUAAACCUUUAACCCUGCCAUAAUUUUACUGUUGGAUUUGUGCCUUAAAAUAUCUGAGCUCUACCCAUGUUUCUGAAUUUCAUAUGCUACAUAUAUUGCCCAGGCCAAAUGCUUUACAAUACAGUGCAGCAUUAGACAUUGAUAAAAAUCAAAAAGGAAAGAACUGUGAAAAACCCACUCCCUUCAGUUUCAAUGUGAUUGGGUGUAAUGUAAAUAUUAAACAUUUGUGAUGUUGCUCUUAAUAUUUUAUUGCUUGUCAAUUUAUUUCUUAUGUCCUGCUAGUGUGAUUAUGUAGUGCUCCAUUACUUUUUCCUUCUUUCUCUUUUCUUUCUUUUUUAUACUUUUACUUGGAGAGAGUUUAAGAAAAACGACAAUACAGGAAAGAGAAGCAUAUAAUUUCUGGUGAAAACACUGAUUUUUGUAAUGUCAGUGUCCAUACGUAUUGUUGUUCUCAGCUAGCAACAUGAUACUGCAGACAUUACCAUGGAAAAGUCAUCAAGAGACAUGAAAGCUGAGAAUCUAAAUUAAAUUCUAUUGUAGUUGAAACAACCAUUAGUUGUGCUUUGUAAUUACAUGUAUAUACGGUAUAUAAGUAUUUAAGUGCCAUAAAUGGACGUGUUUGCUGUACAUUUUCCUCCUUUCACAUGAAACAUUAUUUCAGUGAAAAUAUGUUAUUCAAAAUGUAUAGUCUUAUAUCAGAGUAAGUGACUAAAAUAUCUACCUGUAUGGUUUUGUCAACAGAAAAUAAUGUAGAUCAAACUCCUGGAGCACAGCUACAGCACUCUUGGCAGCUGAGGUACUUAUUUUACAAAUUAAAAGUGAAAAAAUAAAGUUAAGCUGAUGAGAUACUAAUUCAACCUAGAUAUGUCAGAGUCAACAUAUGAGAACCUUAUAUCCAUUACUACUAUUCUUGCCAUCCAGCAAUGUGGGCAAACCAAGGAGCAUGUUUUCUUGUCUUGACCCACUAUCACUAGUGCACAAAAUAAUUGGUAACCUUUAUAAUGUAUUGUGCAUUCAGUGCCUUUGAAAUUAAAGUAUCGAGGAAAUGCGGUUAUUGGCCAGCAUUGUCACAAUACAAUGUUUCAAGCAAAAGAUGGGCCAGGAAAAUACUGAGUAAUUAUAUGAAAUGCUUUGUGUACUUAUAUUUUAAGAUUUAAGCUAAAAUAAUUGAGCUCAAAGUCCUAAGAUUUUCUUUGUAUUACUGACCCAUCUUUUGUUUGAUGAACUUGGCCAUAUCUUGCCUACGUGUUUUGUGAAUAUAUUGCUCAUGUCAUGUCAAGACAGUCUAUAUGCAAUGGAAUUGAUGUCGAGACAUUCAUAAGUCAAGCUCUGUCUGUCUUAGACUUCAGUAAUAUAGCUGAAAAUGUACUUUUUGAUUUUUACAUCAUUAACAUAAUUCUGACACUUCAUCAAAACUGACCUGUUUGAACUAUGUACUUAGACAAAUAUCUUUUAAGUGUAUAGGUAUAAUUCACCAUUUCUUGCUUUUCGAAUUCCAACUGCGCAUCUGCCAGGAACUAAUGGAAGGAACUGUCAUGGAGUCUAAAAGCAUCUGCUGUUUAUUUUUUCUGUUCUGUUAUACAGACUUUUCACUUCUGGUCUUGGUUUUAUCCUCUUGAGUUUAUUUCCAUAAUUGCCAAAAUACUGUCGCUGCAUGCCUUCACAGAUGUAUAAAUAUUACACUGACACUACAGGAUAUGUCCAAUAUUUCAAGUCUUGUCUUGAUCUAUUAAAUACUGAAAAGCUCCAAAGUAAUUCAUUAUUUCACUAGUCAUUCAUUCCAUGUUGUGCUCUGCUGAGCUUUUCAUUCAUGUUAAUGAACAGUAUUCACCAUGUACUUAAAAGCUACUAACUUCAUCAUCUUUCCGAAACAAGUAUUGUAUGAAAAUGAUUGCCUUGUACUCUAAGUUGCAGAGCCAUAUUCUCUGCAAUAACAAGAGACGGCGGCAAAACUGGUUUCUUUUUCAGGAUAUGUAUUAAUGAAAAUUUCAGUAUUUCAGGAUGUAAGUUGUUAAUGAAUGUGUUGCAAGAAAGGUAUAGUGACAUGUAUUGUGUACUGCCAUUCAAACCAAAUAAUUAUACACCUAUGACUAGUAGGGUUUUUUUUUAAUGACAUACACAGAAUUCUGGUUUUAAAAUUGUAAUGCCUAUGACUCUUUUUUUUUUAAUUUACCAGAGUACCUGUACAUUCCAAAAUACUUCAAUAACAUCCAGAAACAUAAGCUCAUCUGUUUGAUAAGUAUCAUAAAAUAUUAAAUAGUUUUGUAUUUAAAUUAUUACUUUUAUAGAUUAAAUAUGUGAAGCAGUGUCAUUUUUAGAAGUACUGCACUAUUCAUAAUUCAGUGAUAACAGUUUUUUAAAAUGUUAUAAUUUUGCAUUGGUUCUAAUUUAUGGAUUUGUAAUUGUUUCGGAAAUUCAUAGACUAAAACUUAGAUCAUUACACAGAUAUUAGUUUACAAAAUUGCAGAUAUUUAUUCUACAUCUCCAGUGGUUUCUUGGAUAUGAGAAUGAAGAUUAAACAUAUUUUUGUAAGUCUCCUUAAAAAUUUUCUUAAUCUAGAAUCAGAGUGAUUCCUCUGUAUAUAUAUUGUGAAUAAAUCAAAACAAGCUUAUUUACAUAACUGAUAUAAGUUCAACAGACUAUGAGCAUAGUGCUCAAAUCAAAAUUACAGUGUUGCAGUUUUUGUUUAAUGUGUGAUACUCUACUAAAAGUCGUAGUAUUUGGUUCAUUGCUGCUGUUAGCUGUCUACAUGUGUGCAGAGAAGCAUGCACAUAUAUGGGUGUGCACAGAAAAUCUGCACGUGCAUACUCACUUCACCCAUAAUCACAUGCUCACACACAUAGACUCACCUAACUGGGAUGUGGGGAAAGGCAAUUGAGCCAAAGUAUGUUGAACAAUUGCAUAAUUGGGCCUACUUUCUGUCUCUCUUUCCCUCUCUGUCUGUUUCAGAGUGUGUGUGUGUGUGUGUGUGUGUGUGUGUGUGUGUGUGUGUGUGUGUUUGUGUUUGUGUUUGUGAGUGAGAGGGAAUAUUUUUGUUUCUUUGUGUAUAUUGGUGGUAUAGCAUGUGUGAGCAUGUACAUUGAUGUAUAUGUUAGUGCUUCUGCACUUGUGUGAGUGUGAAAUAAAUGUGUAUUAUGUAGAAAAUAGAAAUAGACUUUAACCCAUUCUAAAUCCUCUCAUCAGCAAAGCCUAUUUAUUGAACAAAACUUUACCAGUGUUUACAUGCUCAUGACUCAACAACUUGUCUUGAAGCUGUUAUUGAUGAAAACCAAUACCAUUACAGGAAUUUCAUUUAUGUAUUUUUACAUAGCCCUUUCUGCAUUCCAGAACAUUUUCCUGUUUGAACUGAAACUGCCGCAGGGUACAGCAGCAGUUAAGUUCAUUUGAAGGUAAAUGACAGUCCAGAAUACCAAAAACUUGACAAUAUUUUGAUCAGUGUAGAGCUGGUGUACACUUUUAAAGUUUAGUUCUGCUCAAAUACUGAGUUAUUUCCCCCAGACAGCAGUUUUAAAGAUAUUACAUGCACAGUAGAUUAUCAAGUUGGUGUCUGUAAAUGAAACACAGCUGUAUUAUCUUUAUGUCUUUGUUGUGUGAUGACCUUGUGUCAUAUAGAUUUCUGGCAUGUGUAACAGGGUUACUGAUACGCAUAUUUUCAGCCUUUUUCAUAUACUUUUUUUAUAAAACGCUUAUUUAUGUUUACUUAAGCACUGGAUUUUUUUGAGAACUAUGUUUCAUUGGUAGCACUAUUUUCAGAAUAUGACAUUUUUGUGAGAUGUAAAGUUUAUUAUUUUAUGAAAUCAUGUGCUAGUUGCGUCAGUGCAAUUCUGCAGACCAUAAAUUGAUAGCUUCAGUUAUUUUUUCAGUGAUUUAAAACAGUUUUAUACUAUUGAAAUCGGUGUAAUAAUAUGGCAGUUGUGCAUCUGGCUUGAUACACAUAUUUUCAUAGGAUAAGCAUACAUUUAAUUCUAUUGGUAAUCAUCCCUUCGUCGCUUAUUUUAGAACUCCCAAGAGUAAAAUUUCAAUUACUGUGUGGUUCCUGCUCAAGCACUCAGUUUGUAACAGUGUUACACAUUGGAACAAAUAAUUAUCUUUUUAAAGUUCUUGCUAUUGUUAGGACCUUCCUUUAUUCUGUACACUUUCCUAUGUUUCUGUUGUACAGAAAUUACAGAUGAGUAUAACAUAUUAUGUAUUUUUUUAAAUAAGCAAGCUUACAAUAACAAAUGGGUUCUUAUUCAUGGCCUAAACAGGAGACAUUUUCUUCAGUUAAUUUUGAUAUGGUUUAUCAGUGCUUCUGAUCCAAGUUGCUGAGCAACAUUGUCUGAAUAUAAAACAUUUUCUUUCACCUGCACAGUAUAUCUAGAAAUAACAACAGUGGAUGAACUGAGUUCUCUCCUUCCCUAAGUGGAGAUUUAACAGUGUGCAUUAAAAAUUAUUUUCAUUUGUAAGUGAUGUACAUUGCAACUCUGUUGUUUACAUUAACACAUAUCAUUCAGAAUUUUUAACCCAAUUAGCUUCCCUGCUUAAUGAAUUAUCCACUGCACAUCAUUGAAUAAUGGAACGUAUUUAUUUAUUUUUGUUAAUGUAACAGAGAGUUUUGACAAUGAUUUACUGUACAAAUGCAAUGAGUAAAUAUUAUUUGCACUUGACAUGAACAGAUAGGUUUAUAAAAUGUUCCGCUACUGCUGUCACUUUCUGAUGUGUAUGCAAAAGUGUAUAUGAGAGUUUAGACAUUUUCAUGUGCGAAUAACCUCUCCGGACCUGGAUUCAAUCCUGGAUAGGAGUGGGGAGUUUUCCUCAUUCCAGCCCUCCAAUAAGCCCACAGGGUCACAUAGCCUGCUAUCAAAUGAGAACCAGUGAUCUUUCCAUCUCCUAGAGCCAUGGAGAAGAAAGGUUGCAGUGUGCCUGCAAUCAGACCAAUAGCCCAGUCAUGGGCUUGAGCCACAGAUUUUACUUCACUUUUUAAAUAAACAUUCCCACAAGGAAGAAUACUCUUUCUAAGGUCUGUUUCUUCUCUGUAUACAAAUGAACUGUUUUAUUAUUAUUAUUUUAAGGAAUUUAGUUUCCACAUGGUUCUAAACAAGAGGUUUGUACUUUUCUGGCCUAAUUUUUUACAAAUUCAAUGCAGCACAUAUGGAGGUGAUGAGGGAAUUCUUUCGUAUUUUGUAAUCUCAUGUUGAACAGGAAAUACAAUAAACCUGCUAUCACUAUCAUUAUGCAUGAAACAACUGUUUCAUUGUUUACUAUCUUCCAAGACCUAGUACAAGCCAUUUAUAAAUAACUACAUUCAUAGAGUUUUACUAUUAUGUUUAGCCAAUGCUGUUCUCAGAAUAAAUGCACGGUCAAUUACAUGUAUGUUUCCAAUAGAAAUGUUUUUUUUUAAUACACAUAAUAAACAGUGAGGAUUUGAGGAAAUUCAUUGUGAUCAAUUACUUUGGUCAUCCUUUAUUACACACAGAAAAUUUAGGUCUGCAAUGAUUGUGCUGAUGUCAACUGGUUGUAAAUCAGCUGUUCAAAAAGGUUAAUUAUUUCAUCUGUCUGUUUAAUGUUUAUAGAGAUAUAUAUAAUGUAUUUCCUUAAAAAAGUACUCAUCAGACUGUAUACAUAAAAAAUACAGUGAUCUGAUAUAUGUGUGCAGAAGUGUAGUGGAUUUGUCAAAUGGUACAGUGGAUGUUUUUCCUGUUAUUUAUAUUCAGCACCUUUGUCACUAUACACCAUAAUCCAUGAUGGGAAAUAUUUUAUAACUGACUUUUGUACAGAAUAAAAUAUAAUUAUUGUAA